AUGGACAUCCCCUUCUCAUCCCUCGCACUCUCCCUCACUCAGCUCUACAUCCUCAUAUCAGUUCUUACUUCCCUCUUACUCCUUCACCUUGUUAGGCAGUACAUCGUCCCACUCUUCUCCCCUCUUCGCAACCUCAAGCACCCACCCAGUCCCUCAUGGAUAUGGGGUAACAUGCUUCAAAUAUUCGCUGCUCCCAGUGGGGAGCUGCACAGGGAAUGGGAGGCCGAGUUCGGGUCCGUGUAUGCUUACCGCCAGCUAAUGAACCAUGCAUACACCUACCCAAAACCUGUCGCCGUACAACGCUCCCUCGCCCGCGCAGUCGGGGAAGGCCUGCUCAUCGCCGAAGGGGAAGUACACAAGCGCCAGAGGAGGAUCAUGAACCCCUCUUUCUCCCCUGCGGAGAUCCGCGAGCUCACCCCGAUCUUCUGGGACAAAGCCGGCGAGCUGAGGGAUAUCUGGGUCAAGGAGCUCGACCAGGCCGCAGCGGGGGGUGCGAACGACUUGGUCAUCGAUAUCUGCAAAUGGAUGUCUCGCGCGACGCUGGAUAUCAUCGGACUUGCGGGGUUUGGAUAUGCGUUCGAGAGCCUGACGGACGAGUCGAACGACCUUGCGCGUGCGUUUUCCGACUUGCUCAUACUGCAGCGACCGAGCAUCUUGAUCCUCUUGCUGAAUUUGAUUCCUGGAUUCACCCUGCUCCCUAUUAAGAGGAACAGGGUGGCGGCACACUCUCGGGAUACGCUGCGCAGGACUGGAAUGGAGCUGGUGAAACUGAAGAAGGAAGCGGUGCGCCAGACGCUGGACGGGAAGCGGGAUGAACAGGAGAUCGGGCGAAAGCAAGUCGCGGGAAGGGACUUGCUCACCGCACUCGUUCGCGCUAAUAUGGCGAACGACCUCCCUGACGAGGGAAGAUUGGACGACGAGCAAGUCUUGGCUCAGAUAUCUACAUUCCUCCUCGCAGGCCACGAGACGACCAGCACAGCAGUCAUUUGGGCGCUCUUCGCCCUCUCGAAACACCAGGACGUACAGACCAAGCUGAGAAAAGAGCUACAACGCUACCCCGAGUCCAUGCCCGGCAUGGAUGAGCUCAACAACAUCCCCUACCUCGACUGGGUCGUACGCGAGGUCCUACGCUUCCACACCCCUGUGGGCGGGACAGUCCGGAUCGCCGAUGCGGACGACGAGAUCCCCGUCUCGACGCCUUAUACCGAUAGGCACGGUGUGCAGCGCACGAGCAUCCCAAUCAAAAACGGCGACGGGAUCUACAUCCCUAUCAAAAAUGUGAACCGGACGCCUACACUCUGGGGCCCAGACGGCGAAUCGUUCAACCCCGAACGAUGGGCGCAUGUGCCAGAGGAAGCAACACAUAUCCCUGGCGUGUGGGCGCAUAUACUCUCCUUCCUCGGCGGGCCAAGGGCGUGCAUUGGCUACAAAUUCAGCGUCGUGGAGAUCAAGGUCUUCCUGUAUACGAUUGUGCGCGAGUUUGAGUUUGAGUUUGCGGAUAAGACGAUGGAGUUUGAGGAGAGGUCGACGAUCGUUACUAGGCCGGUUAUCAAGGGACGGGUGAAGGAGGGGCCUGCGCUCCCCCUCAGGCUUAGGAGGGCGCAGUAG